AUGGAUCAAAAUUUUACUCUAUUUGAAAUCAACAAAAGAACUUUUCACAGCAUCUUCAAAAAGCACCUUGGGCAUGAUAAAAAACUGCCUGUGCUAGAGUUUCAGAAAUUCUGCAAAAUUGCAAGAAUUUGCCCGGUACAUUUUUAUAUAGGAUUUAAUAUCAAUUGCAGAGCUUCGAGCUGUAUUAUCAAGAAUCAGUAAUACUAUUUCUAUAUCAAAAAUAUCCUUUAGCUUCGAAGAUUUUGAAAAAGCGCUCAAGGAAAUUGCUAUUAUUUCGUCUAAAGGCUCAAUUUCAGAAAGAGUCCGAUCAUUUUUUUUACAGAUUAUUCCGCGAUGCCAAGCAAAGUACAGUGUUGAAUUCAAUAUUUCAGAUAAAAAAGAUUCACAAGUAGUAGUCAAAAAAAUCAAAAGAUCUGCUGAUAUAUCAAGAUCCAGUUUAAAUGAUUCAGGGUCCAGUAUGGUGCUUGAUUUAAAUAUCAAAGAAGCUCUCGAAACACUGAAAUUAAGUGACUCUAUGAGGACUACAAGCUUAUCACCAAAAUCAGACACAGAUAAGCCUGGCAGGAAAUCACGAAAACUUUCGUUUUCUAGCAGAAGCCGAAGUGAGUCAGGAAGUCCAAGUCAAAAAUUUUUUAUGUCACCAAGGCAGUCAUUAAAGCCUAUUAAAACUUUUCGCUUACCAAUAAAAACAGAAAAUAAGAAAGAAGAAGCAAUGCUAAGAAGCAGCAAAACUUUGCCCAGUGAAAAUAAGAAUCCACCUGAUCAUGUAGAGCUAGAUGAAUUUAUACAAACAGAGCAAUCAAUUUUAAAUGAAGUAGCAACUGUAACUGUUUCACUUGCCAAGCCAAAAAAAAGAAUUAAAUUAGACAUUGAUUUAAGAAAGGUAGAUGAGCCAAUAUCCCAGCUUAAAAUCCAAAAAGAGGCUAUUCAUAAAAGAAUAUCAAGCCUUGAAGCUAUCAAUAAUUUCUCCCCGACUGAGAAUGAAAGUGGCAAAAAUACUAUUCUAGAUCAAUUUGGAAAAAUUUCUCCAAUAAGAGACUCAGUUUUACCACCUGCACCUGAGCCUGUGCAUAAUGCUCAAAACUCUCAAGUUUCUAUUACAAAAGGAUCAUCGCUAGAGACUAUGAAAGUUUUAUUAGAAAAUUUUAAAAAUAAGGCAGCAGCUAAAAAAGUAAUUAAAUCCAAGCCCAUAAAAGCAGUUUAUAAAGGAUUUGGCAAUUUCAUAUUAAAUGAAAGGAAAUUUACAUUUUCCAAGGAUUUUGUGCUAGGAAUUAUAAUAAAUGCAUGGAGGCUCGAAGUUGCUAAAAGCAAAGCUGCAAAAAAUCAGCCAAGCCAAUUGAGAACAAGCUUAAAUAAAUUGAAGACUAAAAAAUAA